GUACAUCAAGGUAGGGAAGUUCCAGAAUGCAGGUUCCUCAGAUCAGGAGGGAGAGGGCCCAGAGCCAGGUGCUCAGGCUAGCCCCAGGCUGGGUCUGUGGGACACCCGCUGUAGCUGUGGGCCCCCUAAUAAAGCAUUUCAACAUGGGCCUGGAGCUGUACAUGGAUCUGCUGUCGGCGCCUUGCCGCGCUGUCUACAUUUUUGCCAGGAAGAAUGGCAUCCCCUUCGACUUCCAAUUUGUGGAUCUAUUAAAAGCCCCAGACCCUCCCUGCCCACUCAGGUCACCACCAUAGCAAGGAAUACAUCGAAAUCAACCCCCUGAGGAAGCUUCCCAGCCUCAAGGACGGCAAGUUCAUCUUAUCUGAAAGUGUGGCUAUCCUCUUCUACCUAUGUCGCAAGUACAGUGCGCCUUCCCAUUGGUACCCACCGGAUCUGCACAUGCGUGCCCGCGUGGACGAGUUUAUGGCCUGGCAGCAUACAGCUAUUCAGGUGCCCAUGAGCAAGAUCCUGUGGAUUAAGUUGAUAAUCCCAAUGAUCACGGGUGAGGAGGUUCCCACUGAGAGAUUAGAGAAGACACUGGAUGAGGUGAAGAGAAACCUACAGCAAUUUGAGGAGAAGUUUCUGCAGGACAAGAUGUUCAUCACUGGGGACCAUAUCUCACUGGCUGACUUGGUGGCGCUGGUAGAAAUGAUGCAGCCAAUGGGGAGUAAUCACAAUGUCUUUGUCAGCUCUAAGCUUGCAGAAUGGCGAAUGCGGGUGGAGUUAGCCAUCGGCUCUGGCCUCUUCUGGGAGGCUCAUGAAAGACUGGUGAAGUUACCAAACUGGGACUGUUCGACACUAGACCCUACGAUCAAGAUGAGGAUUUGUGACUUUCUGCAGAAGUUUAAGUGAUCCAAGAGAGCAUUCGUUCUACAGGGGCCAGCCGUCUUUGCCUUUUGAGCCUCUUUCCCUAGGGAAGUCACCAAGAAACACACUGUUCCUUUACCUAAUAAAAGAAAAAAAAAACCUGAAA